GUGGCAACUUGUUAAAAUCCUCGUCUAGGUAAUCCGCAAUCGAAAUCUCGACGUCAUUCGUUAACUUUCUCCAAUACCUGUAGUCUCGAUUUGACACAUGUCAUCAUGUCGACUAUUAGUCUUACUACAACGCUAACUCUUAGUUCCCGGUCAAGAUCCAUCAGCGAUCGGUCUCGACCUCGGACAUCUCCGCUCGGCGCUAAGAACGUCGCCACGAGAAAAUCAAGACUGAUGAGUUCUUCGGACUGGUAGUUGACACGACUCUCAAGAUUAUUCUUAAUGUCCUACAUACAAACAUGACUGCGGCCGGCGUCGCGACGAGACGCGCCUCGAGUGUCAGCACCGCAGAGUUGGCUAGACAGCGUGAUCUUCAUAAAUAUUAUCAGCCAUGGCUCGACUCCAAGAAGUUAAAGACUGUACCUGCGAAUACGGGACCGGAUGAGACCCGAGAAGUACAAUGUUCUCACGAUACUACUCUAACUGCGCUUGCUCAGCUGGCUGCGUUAAGGUUGAACGUCAAACGCGCCAUGGUAUCUUUAAUAGACGCCAAUACGCAAAUCAUUCUCGCAGAAGCCACACAGACUUUGUCGCUUAUUGAUGAAAGACGGCACGCUCCUGGGGAUCACAUAUGGCUCGGUCACGUGUCCCUUCCGCGUCAGGAUUGUAUGGACGAACAUGCCUUUGGAGCCAUAACUACCUACAAGGAUGCCCGAGGUAAAGAUAUUGACAUUUCCGCCUUCAUCGUGAAUGAUACUUUGGAGGAUGAUCGGUUCAAAUACCGGUCGUACGUGACGUCUGGAGCUAGCGUCAGAUUUUACGCAGGCGUACCCAUAGUCACCAAACAAGGGCACGCGAUUGGCGUUUAUGCUGUCUCUGAUAUUCGACCACGACCCCAGGGCCUUAGUCUUGACGAGGCGCAGUUUAUGGAAGAUGUCGCUCAAAUUGUGGCGGAUCAUCUGGAGAGGGUUAUGGAUACAAUGGGCCGUGUUUCGGAGAGAGAUUUUAUGAGGGGUAUCUCUUACUUCUUGGAAGAUUUAUCUGAGUAUAAGUUCCAACUGAGCAAUACUGAUCGCUCCAUACAGGCGCCGAGCACCAAACAGCAAUUGGAUGUGAGAGCAACCGACCCCCAAAUGGAUCCUCCACGAGGGCGGCCUAGAAAGCCGGGGUCAAAUUUGGCGCACGCUUCCAUUUCCCCUACCAGGGAUGCCUCUACAUAUAGCGAGGCUCGAAUAGGCCGAGGGCCUCGAUUCUCCAGGGCUGGCGAUUCUGAAGGCAAGGAAACUCCCGACUCGCCAAAGGAUAGCAUACGUAGGAUUUUUACACAGGCUUCGCAGUUACUAUGCCAGCAAGCCAGAGCUACGGGAUGUGUAUUUACCGAUGCUGCAUCGGGCCUGUUCUUUGGUCAGUCUGAAGGGGUAAUGUCGCCUCCAAAUGGUACUGAUCCAACCGUAUCUUCGGAUGUCAAUUUCGAGUCAACAGAGGACGAAGAAACCGACGCCGACAAGGCAAGAGAGGAUGAUUCAUCUCCAGGAUAUGGAUCCACGUCAUCUCAGCCUGCUUUCGGCGAUCGACUAGAUGAAAUGGCUGAUGUCCUUGGCAGUGAUGGUGGUGACGAGUUCCCGCAGGGGAUAAUCAAGCGCAAAAAUCUCAAGAAAUUCAUUAUGCGCUAUCCGUUUGGUAAAUGCUUCUACUUGAAUAAGGGACGCAUCGUAUCCCAUCACAGCAUGACCCUUGACGAAGUAGUUGUCGGUGGAGGCUCCAAUUACGCAGCUUUGAACACGUCAACGCAAGAUAUAGAGGACCAACCCCAUAUGCUAUUACCGCGAGAGCUUCUCAAAAGCAUACCGGACGCAAAAUGGCUGAUAUUCCUUCCCCUUUUCAAUUACGCCCAAGGUCAAUGGUUUGCGGCAGGUUUUAUUUGGAGCGACGACUUCAAGAUGGGCGACCCCGAUGAUGCAUUGCCCUACUUUAAGACCUUUGGAUCCUGUAUGAUGAGCGAGGUAGCGAGCAUGGAGGUCCUGAACACGAAUAUUGCCAAGUCUACGUUCAUUGCAUCCAUCUCUCACGACUUGCGUUCUCCGCUACACGGAAUGCUGGGAAGCCUAGAGUUCUUAGAGGAUACUAUGACUUCAGCUUACCAAACGAGUCUAAUUGGCGCAAUUGAAACAUGUGGCAAGACGCUGUUAGAUACCAUCGAUCACCUCCUAGAUUACGCAAAAAUCAACAACUUGAAUCGUGCGAGCGCGCGACUUAGCUCCUCGAACGAGAGAAGAACGUGGAAAGGAUCGCGCGAUGUUGGGGAACCCCUAUCGUCAAAUUUCGAUCUUGCCCUUCUCUUGGAGGAAGUCGUCGAAGCGGUCUUUGCUGGCCAGACAUUUCGCAAAAUCAACCUCCGACAUCACGACCCCGUCGACGAGGUGUCUGCAGAAAUAAAGUCGAUGAGUAUUGAUGAUUCAUCGACAACCGAAGAACAGAUUCACUCUGGCAGUGUAAAAUUCUCAGGAAAGGUCUUUUUGAUGCUUCAUAUCCAACGUUUGGCAUCUUGGUAUCUGCAGGGACAAACAGGUGGCCUUAGGAGAGUGAUAAUGAAUGUGGUUGGAAAUGCUAUCAAAUACUGCAAAACCGGUAGCAUCGACGUCUCGUUGGAGGCAAAGGAAAUCACACCGUCUAAUUACGAGGUGGAUCUUUCUGUAAAGGAUACCGGUAUUGGUAUGUCGAAGAACUUCCUUGCAAACCAUAUUUUCAAACCUUUUUCGCAGGAAGACUCAUUCACACCGGGUACGGGACUUGGGCUCUCUAUCACCUCACAAAUCGUGAGAAACAUGGAUGGCAAGAUCAAAAUCGACAGCGAGAAGGGGGUUGGGACACACGUUAAUAUCACCAUUCCGAUGAAGACUGCCGACGCCGGUGGAUCUUGCGGUAGUAUCCAAGAUGAAAUCCAGCGCGAGGUUAUGAAAGCUACGGCAGGGAAAAAGGUGUGCAUUUUGGACCCCCUGCUUGGUACCCAUAUCAAUGGAGAACUGCCCAAACUGAAACUUUCCAUCUCCAAUUUCUGUCGGGAAUGGUUCAAUAUGGAUGUUAUCGAAAGCAAGACUGUUGAUACCGACCCGGACACAGCGAUUUACAUAUAUGCUGAGCCACCACCGAUAGAACACCUGUUAAGACAACACCUCGAGCGAAAGGAGAUGGGCGAUACGGGUAAAGAAGCGGCUUUACUUAUCGUCUGCACGAAUGCUUUCGAGGCUGCGGCCCUACGGGCUGCCGGCGUUAAGGAUUUAGUUUCUCUUGGCAGAAUAGUUGAAGUUAUCAGCCAACCCGUAGGGGUGCGCAAGCUAGGAAAAGUCCUCCUUCAGUGCCUUCAACGCGUCGAAGAAAGCUCAAAGCAUCAGGAUCAGCUUGCACGGUCUAGGGCACCCUCGCCAUCCCUCGAGAGUAGUCGAAAUCAGAGGUAUAGUUUAGAGACUGGGUGGAAUGCCUCAGCGGUCGUAUACGACCCGACGGAACAUCGGUAUAGGCCUUCGAUCGAAGCUCUAAAAUGGAAAUCCGAUCAGCAACAGUUAAAACUACCAUUUGAGCAGAGCAUUCAGACAGGAUUGCUACAUCCUGGCACGAUCAGUAAUCGACCCGGUUCCGCGACUAUUCCGCACGGCCGUUCUCGGUCUGGGAAUCAUAUUAGACGACUACCUCGCGUCCUUCUAGUAGACGACAACGCGAUCAACCUCAAGCUCCUAGUGACAUUCAUGAAGAAGAUCAAGUUGCCGUACGCCGAGGCCACGAACGGGCUCGAAGCCGUUACUCAAUUCAAGGAAACUAAGGAGCACUUUGACUUCGUGCUGAUGGACUUGCAAAUGCCUGUCAUGGAUGGACUCGAAGCGACACAACAGAUCCGCGAGUUUGAACAGGAAAGAGUAGGGGAACCUACUGCUGCGUCACCGUCUACUAUCAUUGCCAUCACGGGUGUCGGCAAUGAGGCUACGCGCCAAGAGGCCAUGGAUGCGGGCAUGUCGCAAUUUUUGACUAAGCCUGUUAAGUUUAAGGCUUUACAGCAGAUUCUGUUGGAGAUGGACCAGCCGGCUUGAGAGAGGGUAGAUAUACGAGGGAGUUGAAUUUUAUCCUGAUUGGACGGGAUAGAAGAGGUCACAAUACUCGUCUGUCGGCUUCAGUCCGAUUAUUCGCCUGCAUACGCCUAUAGCGGAUAGUACCGAUCGAGCGACCUAUCGUUGCCGCAUGUCUUUCUAGAGACGUGAGCACCGUUGAGCAGUGUACGGACAAGAUAUAGUGGAGCAUCAUUUAUGAUUAGCCGCGAAGGGCUUCAAGCGCGUAUAUGAUUUGGAACUGGUUUUGAUAUUCUGCAAACACCUGCUUUUCAACCUCAUGAUUAUACGUUUUCGCGGAGCUCGGCGGUGCGACAUAGGGUCUCCGAGAGGCAGGCCUGGACAUAUAGGGUACACAAAGAGGCUUUGGGGUGUGUACUAGGGGCGGUUAGAGUGUGGUUCAUUGUGUUGUUUUAUAGGUUCGUAACAUCCCCUUAUGAUAGCAAGCGGCGGCUUUGAGGGUGCAUACCCUUGGGUAGAUUUAGCACUGCCUUUCGAUUUUUAAAAGACCAAAUACAUACACGGCCUAUCAAGCGAAAUUUCCCUAAUAUUGAAUAGUAAAGGCUGAUUUAGUUCGUCUUUGUUAUGAUUCUUUGUUAUUUAAAUAAAUGCGAUUGUAACAUUUUAAUAAUAGCUGUAUUG